UUAAGAGGGAGCCGACGCAACCACUUUCCAAGAAAGGCGGUGGCGCGUUUGGAACACUCUACACGCUUAAGCCUCCAUUCUUGAACAAGUCUUUUCCGUUUUCUCCUUUCUUUGACUCACCAACUUCACCUAAAACUCUAAACCCUAUUGUAUUCAAUACUCAUUUUUUUCAUCUUCUUUUUUCUCUGCGUAUAAGAGACUGCAUUCGAUCGCUGUGUGUGUGUAGAAGAUCGUAAAAUGGACGCAGUCGCGAGCUCUACCGUCGUUUCCAGGAUGAAUCUCCGCAGUUUCAGAACCAACGUUUCGUCUUCUUCCUUUCCUUGUUGCCUUUGCAGCUCUUGCCCUCAGACUAGAUUGACUCCUACCUUAAACCUCUCAUAUGGAGAAAGCCAAAUGAAUUGUAGUUCUCAUGAGGCAUCUGUAAGCAUUUGUUCCAAGUCAGCUGCAAACAAAAGCCAUGUAUUUGGAGGAUUGUCUCUACACUGCACACUGCAAAAGAGAGAACCCAUUGGCAAGACAUUUUGUUCUGUUGGGGUCUGCACAUAUCCUGGAAGUGUAAUUGAAGCUCCUUCACAUACAGCAGAGGAAAAGAUUGGAGUGCUUCUUUUGAAUCUUGGAGGGCCAGAUACACUUCAUGAUGUUCAACCAUUCCUGUUCAAUUUAUUUGCUGAUCCUGAUAUCAUACGUCUCCCCAGGUUAUUUCAAUUCCUUCAGCGCCCAUUAGCACAACUAAUCUCCACUCUCCGAGCUCCCAAAAGUAAGGAAGGUUAUGCUGCCAUUGGAGGUGGUUCACCUUUGCGUAGGAUUACAGACGAGCAGGCAAAUGCAAUUAAAUUGGCACUGAAAGAGAAGGAAGUCCCUGCUAAUGUCUAUGUUGCUAUGAGAUACUGGCACCCAUUCACUGAGGAAGCUGUUCAACAGAUAAAACGGGAUGAAAUUACAAGGCUUGUUGUAUUGCCACUUUAUCCUCAAUAUUCUAUCUCUACAACUGGAUCUAGCAUCCGUGUUCUUCACAAUAUUUUCGGGAAUGAUCCAUAUUUGGCUAGACUACCCGUGGCAAUCAUACAGUCCUGGUAUCAACGCCAAGGUUACAUCAAGUCCAUGGCCAACUUGAUUGAGGAAGAGUUGCACAAAUUUCCAGAGCCCGAUGAGGCAAUGAUUUUCUUCAGUGCCCAUGGAGUACCUGUCAGUUAUGUUGAGGAGGCAGGUGAUCCAUACAGGGAUCAGAUGGAAGAGUGCAUUUCCCUGAUCAUGCAAGAACUGAAAGCAAGGGGAACUAACAAUGAUCAUACUUUGGCGUACCAGAGCCGGGUUGGACCUGUACAGUGGCUGAAACCUUACACUGAUGAAGUUCUUGUUGAACUUGGCCAGAAAGGUGUGAAAUCUCUGUUGGCUGUUCCAGUGAGCUUCGUGAGUGAGCACAUAGAGACUCUUGAAGAGAUUGAUAUGGAGUACAGAGAGUUGGCACUUGAAUCUGGAGUUGUAAAUUGGGGGCGGGUACCCGCUUUGAAUUGCACCUCCUCUUUCAUCACUGAUCUCGCAGAUGCAGUGAUCGAAGCACUUCCAUCAGCAAUGGCAAUGUCGUCGUCUACAUCCAACAUGGAAGAAACUGACAGCAUGGAUCCUAUGCAAUAUCUUAUUAAAGUGGUGUUUGGCUCAAUUUUGGCAUUUGUUUUGCUCUUCUCACCAAAGAUGCUGUCAGCAUUCAAGAAUCAAAUCCUUUAAAGAAGAGGAUUGUGAUUGAUGGAGGCAUAUUAAUUAGUUUAGGAUACAGCAACAAGUGAAGUGCUUGGGCAUGGGCCUUUUUGGUCCUAGCAGUAAGAAGGGCAUAUAAAUAAUUCAUACAUUUUGUAACAUCUUUUUGUAGAGAAAACAGUCAUUGAACAUGGUUUUUGAAUCUAUUUAUUACAAUGUUUGUUGCUACACAAA